GCCAGCUGCACGGUUGCCGCCGCGCGCCAGUGCCAUUGCUGGUACGUACGACGACGUCGUAACUGCACGGUGACUUCAACCGCAGGACGAGGCGCGCGCGCACCGUAUAUAUGGCGAAGGUGCUGUGGAGAAAGCAGGCGGCGGUGGCGGCGGCGGCGGCAGCGAGCAAGCAGGCGGGAUCCUCGCCGGUCCGCGGCGGCGCGAAGCCGAGAGGGUAUGUGCCCAUGCGGCUCGUCGGUGGCGAUGACGGCGACGGCGGCGACGAGGACGAGACUGUCCUUGUGCCGGUGGCGCUGCUCAACGAGCCUCGCAUGGUGGGGCUGCUGGAGAUGGCCGAGCGGCAGUACGGGUACGGGCAGCCCGGCGUGCUGCGGAUCCCCUGCGACGCCCGCCGCUUCGAGCAGCUCAUGGGCCUGGCGUGCAUGGCCAGCAGGUAGACCGUAGACGUAGACCACCGUUCUGUUGUGGACUGCCUGGUGUGCCUGCCAUGCAUGCAUGCCUACGCUACAUGGGUGCCGUGCGAUGCUAUGUGAUGUUCUUGCAAUAGGCCGGCCUUGCAGAUAUAUAUAUCUGCCUGCAACCAUUGGCUUUGCAAUCUAAAGUCGGUUGGGUUGCUGCUUUGGCGUCGAUUGGUUCGGGAAUUAAUCAACCACCUUGCUAUGAGUUUGGAUGGAGUGCCUUGCGUGCAGUCGAUCACUUUUUUUUUUUGAAGCAAUGACUGUAGAGAGUUCCCUGCAGUAUUUUUUUUGUAUUAAUUAAAGGGCAGUCGA